AUGAUCCGAGUCGCCGCAUGUCACGUCUCCCCUGUCUUUCUUUCUGCCAAAGAAACAACAGCAAAAGCCAUCACUCUCGUCAAAGAAGCCGCCAGAAACAAGGCCAAUCUGGUCGUCUUCCCAGAAACAUACAUCCCAGCGUUUCCCAUAUGGAGUGCCCUCCGUCCACCCACCGAGAAUCAUGAUCUCUUCAAACGUAUGGCACAAGAAUCAAUCUUCGCUGACGGCAAUGAGAUACACGCUAUCCGCAGUGCUGCUAAAGAGGCAAAUGUCAUGGUGAGCAUGGGGUUCUCAGAGAAGACGCGCUUCAGCUCUGCGACUCUAUAUAACUCAAAUAUCUUUAUCGAGGAGACGGGCGAUGUUCUGAUACACCAUCGGAAACUCAUGCCUACUUUCUUUGAGAAGUUGACCUGGGCGCCUGGAGAUGGCCAUGGUCUGCGUGUAGCGGAUACCAAGUUUGGAAAGAUUGGGAAUCUGAUUUGUGGAGAGAAUACGAAUCCCUUGGCGAGAUAUACUCUUAUGGCGCAGGGUGAGAACAUCCAUCUUUCUACUUGGCCGCCGAUUUGGCCAACCAGAGUGCCACCAGUCAACGAGUCGGGGGAGCUCAAGAUUGGGGAUAUACCGAAUUACGAUAAUGUCACGGCGAACAGAACGAGGGCAGCUGCACAUUGUUUCGAAGCUAAAUGCUUCGGUGUUCUUUGUUCGGGCGUUCUGGGAGAGGAUGCUAUAGAGACUAUUGCUGGAAGUUCUGAGUAUCUGACGCGGGUGCUGAAACAGUCUCAACGUGGCGCGACUCAAUUCCUGGAUCCCACCGGCGCACCUAUGAAAGGUUUUACCGUCAAUGAUACCGGAGAGGAGAUCAUGCAAGAUUUCUUGCAGCAAGAAGAGGGGAUUCUUUAUGCAGAUCUUGAUAUUGAGGAUUGCAUUGAAGGGAAACAGUAUCAUGAUGUCGUUGGGGGGUACCAACGACUUGAUGUUUUCGAUCUCAAAGUGAAUCGUACGCGUCGAGAGCCAGUUACUUUCACUGAGGAUAUCGAUGGUUCAUCACAGAAGUGGGAGUCUCUUAGUUAG